UAUCUUGUUUAUAGUCCAUCCCGAGAUCUCAUAGAGACCGGUCAUGUAGCGCACAGUGACAUAGCCAAAUAAAUAAUCUAUCAAUUUAAAAGUCAAUGUAAUUAUUGAUAAUAAAAUUUAAGUGUCUACAUAUUGAGACAGUGAAAACUAGAAAAAUAACAGUGUACAAACAACAUGAGGCUUCAGACACCCGAUCCUGGUGGCGCGCGCCUCUUCCGACUGGAUGCCGAGCAGGGUCAACUCGCUCUAUUCCGACGUUGGCGCAUGGAGUGGGAAAUUCAGACCGGUCAUGGAUGAAAUAGAAUCCGAUGAAGCAUUACGCUUCUUCCAGUUCCUCAACUAUUUAGAUGGAGGCAGUUUUGGAAUAGGUCCGAUCGACGAGUUCGUGUCGGCGAUGCAGCGGCUGUCAGACUACAUGAAGCAACAGAACAGCCGCGAGACGCAGGCGCGCGGCAUGCGCGAGCUGGAGGCCAUCAACGGAGAGAAGGGAAAUACCAUCAAGACGGUACUGGAGGUGAGCACAGUGAUCAUGCGCAAGAAGCGCAAGUUCUUCUGCACCGGCGAGGUCAAGGAACCCAUCGUCAACAACAAAAUUAUUUGCAAGGAUAGAAUUCUGCUGCCGAUCGCCGGGACUUCGUGCCGGGACGCCAUCAUGUACUGGCACCCCGACCUGACCGAGGAGCACUACUGCGUGGGCGCGCUGGAGGCGCAGAGCCCCGUGCACAUCCUCGAUACGGAAGGUGACAUGUUCUGCAAGGGGGAUGACUAUUCCAAGAGAGAGUAUUUGCUGGCGUGCGACUUCUACGAGGACCAGGAGGCGCCGGUGGCGGACCUGAUGCAAUACUAUCCCGACCCGGACCCUGAAAUCAACCCGAAACUGUUCUGGCCCAGCAACAAAUGAUUCCAUCCAUUAUUAUACUAAGUAAAAAUUGAAUUUGUAACUUUCGGUUCUUAAAAUUAAGAGAAUCUG